AUGGGGAAAAUUAACCGAUGCAAUCUCAACAUCUCCGUUUUAAAUUCUGGAUGGAAUCCAGUUCCACAGUUCGGAGAAUGGGACCAAAAAGGAUCAGAUGAAACAAACUACUCGGUUGUGUUCUCAAAAGCUCGAGCAAACAGGAAGCUUAACAAAGCUGGUGUAAGACAUUCUAGUUUGGGAAGCGAACAAGAACUCAUGGCUAGUGCUCGUCGUCACCACCGCGAACAACAUCUUUACCAUCACCACGAAACCCAAGACGAUGACCCUGUCAUGGUAACAUCUCCCUCUCUUUACUAUACUCUUAGAUAUGGAUUCUUUGUGUAUAAUCAAUCACCUUGUGAUGAUCCUUUUUCCCCUUAG